AUGGUUGACAUUCUACGGCGCCACGACCUUCCCUGGCGCAUGCGCAUUUGGCUCAUCUUCUACAGAUACUGGUACCGCUUCCGCCGCCGUCUCGAAACGCCCCUGAAACUGCGAUACAGCCUAGGGCGACUCAGACACAAUCAUCCUCGACCUUGGCUUGCGCUUCUGCGUCUCUUCAUCCCCUAUCCAACAUGGAAGUUUCCUGUUCCAGAACCUCUCUCUCCACAGGAGCUGGUGGGGAAUGAACAACUGAUGCUCCGCCGUCGCCAUGAUCUCAGAAAUUUGACGGCCAUCCCUCUCUGGCGGUUUCGUGACACUCCACUGCGGUCUCUCUAUCGCCUCUGCGAGUCCAUGUUGUCGGGCGACUACAGCCCAAUGGGGGAGGAGACAGAAUAUUUUUGGUAUCAACCCCGGUGGGCACUAGAUGGCAUUCCCGAUCCAGCAGACCCAGACCCCAUCCGGUAUGCCAUUAUUGCGUGUCUUGUUGAAGAGCUGGUUACGGCAUUCAACUGGCGCCUAGGUCUGGGCAUGCGACGUAAUCGCAAACAUAUCUUUCGCGAACGAAACGAAGACCCAUAUCCUCCGUAUGAGCCUGUGAAAGGGCCUGCAUGGACAAGAGAUGUCCCACCAAUUCCACGGGAGAGCCUUGCAUGUCUGCCACCAGAGUUUGUACGAAAUGAGUGCCAACUUGUCCUAGAAGAGAAGGGCAUCAGUGAGCUGUUCGCGCAAAGGAACAUAGUCACAAAUGUUGGGUGGUUAUACACGAUAUAG